UGGUGAGUGUGUGACACCCCAUGUGUCAGGAGAAUGGAGCAGGACCCCAGGAGCCAUCACCGAGCCUCCACCUUAUUCACUGAUACAUGAGCAGAAGAUCCUAGAACUUACCAACAGGAUCACUGAGCUGCUGACCAGAGAGGUUCCUAUAAGGUGUCAGGAUGUCACUGUCUAUUUCUCCAUGGAGGAGUGGGAGUAUUUAGAAGGACACAAGGAUCUGUACAAGGACGUCAUAAUAAAGGAUCACCAGCCCCUCACAGUCACCAGAUGGAUCCAGUAGGAGAAAUCCACCAGAGAGAUGUCCUAAUCCUCUAUAUUCCCAGAAUUGUCCACAGGAAAAGCAAAAUGUCCCACUGGAUCAUCAGGAAAUUUAUGGCGGAAAAAUAAUCGGACAGGAAAACCCCACAUCAGAGGCAGUGAACGAUGAAGACUUGAAGAGAGGAUCCGAUUCACACUUCCCUGUAUUUCCAUCCAAUGACAUAGAUGAUAACUCAUGUCAGAUUGGCAAAACUAGAACUGGGCAAAGAAUGGUUAACAUUUUUGAAUGUGGGAAGCCUUUGAAAAAGAAUGGUAGUCUUUCCACACAUGAGAAAAUUCACGAAGAUGUAAAGUUAUCUACAUAUACAGAAUGUGAAAAAUCUUUUAGUAAGAAAUCAAGUCUUGUGACACAUCAGAGGAUUCACACAGGGGAAAAGCAAUUUUCAUGUCCAGAAUGCGGAAAAUGUUUUACUAUGAAAGCCCAUCUUAUUGGACAUCAAAAAACUCACACAAGAGAGAAACCAUUUUCAUGCCCAGAAUGUGACAAAUGUUUUAGGCAGAAAGAGAAUCUUGUUUCACAUCAGAGAAGUCACACUGGAGAAAAGCCAUUUUCAUGUCCUGAAUGUGGGAAGUGCUUUAUUCGGAAAUCACAUCUUGUGCAACAUCAAAUAACUCACAAAGAGAAGAUGCCAUUUAUGUGCUCAGAAUGUGGAAAGUGUUUUAGUCGGAAAUCAAAUCUUUUGGAACAUCUAAGAGUUCACACAGGGGAGAAGCCAUAUUCAUGUUCAGAAUGUGGAAAGUGUUUUAGUCACAAAUCAAGUCUUGUUGUUCAUCUAAAAACUCACACAGGAGAGAAGCUAAAUUCAUGUAAUGAGUGUAGGAAAUGUUUUAACGAUAAAUCAGAUCUUGUGAAACACCAGGAAAUUCACAUAGGAGAGAAGCCAUAUUCAUGUACAGAAUGUGGAAAAUGUUUUUGUCAGAAAUCAAUAUUUAUCAACCAUAUAAGAGUUCACACAGGGGAGAAGCCAUUUUCAUGUACUGAAUGUGAGAAGUGUUUUAGUCACAAAUCAAGUCUUGUUGUUCAUCUGAGAACUCACACAGGAGAGAAGCCAUAUUCAUGUUCAGAAUGUGGGAAAUGUUUUAACCAUAAAUCAGAUCUUAUGAAACACCGGAGAAUUCACACAGGAGAGAAGACAAAUUCAUGUACAGAAUGUGGGAAAUUUUUUAAUAAUAAAUCAGAUCUUGUAAAACACCAGAGAAUUCACACAGGAGAGAAGCCAUAUUCUUGUACAGAAUGUGGGAAAUGUUUUCGCCUGAGAUCGAAACUUAUGGACCAUAUAAGAACUCACACAGGAGAAAAGCCAUAUUUAUGUACAGAAUGUGGGAAAUGUUUUCGCCAGAGUUCAAAACUUGUGAACCAUGUAAGAAUUCACACAAGGGAGAAGUGAUUGUAAUGUUCAGAUUCUAGUAAAUGUGGCAUCUCCACUGUAAUACCUCAGGAUGUCUUCUAAUGUAUCACAGCUGCUUUCUUCCAAAAGUAGUGCCACCCUUACACGACGUGUGUUUGGUAUUGUAGCUCUGCUCCAUUCACAGCAAUAAAGACAAGCUGCAAUACCAGUCGCAAACUAUGGCCAGAAAUCACUGUUUGCCUCCUCCCAAAAAAGAUUAAAAAGUGAUCAAAAAGACUUAUGGUACCAAUGAAAAUUAUAGCUCAUUGUGCAAAAAAACAUGAGCAUUGCAUAAAGAUAAAAAAAAAAAAUUAUGAUUCUAAUAUGUGACUUUAAGACAAAUAUUUUUAAGUGUAUAAAAAAAAGGAUAAAUUCGGUGUCACUAUAAACAAUAAACAAUGACCCGUUAAAUAACAUUAAUUGGUUAUGUAUGCCACACAGUGGGUGGAGCAAAACUUAAAAUUAAAAAAUCAAUAAAUAACAUAACAGUGGCGGAAUUGCUGAUCUUUUCAAUUCCCCAAAGAAAAUUUAUCAGUAAGUUGUGCAACAAAGUCGGUCCACAAGGGGUCCCUUUUAAGAUGAGAGAAGUGUUUGUUUUGUGACGCCAGUUGCAAUAAAGCAACAAGGGCACAGGUUCCCUUUUAGUGAUAUUUUGGAUGGUACCGAGGUGUAGGAAUUCCAGAGUGGUAUAUGGUGGCCUAUGAUGUCCCUUAAUGUUUUUGCAUGUGUCACG